AUCCCCGACGCUCAAAACAGAAUCGUGCCAACACAGUUCGUAAACGCACAGCACGCACAGCCGUCGCACACGCGAAAUUAAUUUUUUUUUUCCAAAGUAAACUCAAUCGACACUGCCCGCCCAGUCGAAGAUGCACUCCUACACCGUAGCUUUACUCGUGUUCGGAAUGAUGGCCGUGACUUUGGCAACGCCAAUUCCAGGUCAUCAUCAUGAACAUCACGUUAUUCACGUGCCCUAUCACGUACACACGGUUCAUCAUCAUCACGUGAAGAAGAUACACGUGCCGGUGCAUCACGUCGAAAAGGUUCACGUUCCAGUUCAUAUCCCAGUGCAUCAUGUCGAAAAAGUACCAGUACCCGUACCAGUGCACCAUGUUGAGAAAGUACCUGUGCCUUAUCCGGUUGUUGAAAAGGUUCACGUACCCGUUCACGUACCUGUUCACGUACCCAUUCACAAAGAGGAGCACGGUUGGCUGUAGAGACAGAGCACUUCAUCUUCUAGCUUUAAUUGUUUUAGGUUUGUUAUUAACGUGUAGACUCGAGUAAUAAAUAAAAUUCACUAAACUUCACUUCCCGGUUCGGAUCGGAUGAUAAGAAGAUUUAGUCAGAUUUAUGCGCACACGCGCAUAAUAGAGGAACAUACAUAUACAGAAGAAAAGAAGAAAACUGGUCAGUACAAAAUUACUCGAGUACCCGUCUCUUCAUGUAACAUUUAAGGAGUUAAGGAGUUAAGAAUUUAAUGUAAGAACCAAAUAUACUCUGUAUGCACGCGUGUGUACUCAGAACAAAGCUUAAAGUUGUAUAUACUUUGUCACUAUGUUGAGUCAUUAUUUUAUAUAAUAAAUAUGUAAAAAAAUA